AUGGAAUGCCUUCGCCAGGAGUUCAACGACGGUGUCGUUCUCAAUGGACGAUACCAGACCAUUGCCCCGCUCAACCAUGGCUCCUUUGGCAUGGUCUUCAUGGCGAGAGAUCUCCGCACCACCGAGACUGUCGCCAUCAAGUGCCUGACAAAGAAGUCGGCCGCAGAUGACGUCGGGCUGGACUUUGCCAUUGACGACAAGUCCGAGGAGCUUGUGCUUCACAGCCGCCUGGGCCGCCAUCCCAACAUUGUCAAUCUCAUCGACUCGUUUGAGACGGACGCCCAUGUGUACCUCGUCAUCGAGUUCUGCCCUCGUGGAGACCUGUAUGAGGCUAUCCGCCACGGCCACGGCCCUCUCGAGACCGAGCAUGUUCGCCGUUUCAUGCUCGAGCUGGUCGAUGCUGUUGCCUACAUCCACUCCAAGGGCAUCUACCACCGCGACAUCAAGCCCGAGAACAUCUUCCUGACCCAGUCGGGAUCGAUGAAGCUCGGGGAUUUUGGCCUGGCCACCACCGAGAAGUGGACUUUCGAGACCACGGUCGGCAGUGACCGCUACAUGUCGCCCGAGCAGUACGACUCGGCCGGUGCUGGGUACUCUCCCGGUCAGGCUGACAUCUGGGCCAUUGGCGUCUGUCUCCUCAACAUCCUCUUCUCUCGCAACCCGUUCACCACCCCGACCGAGGCUGAUCCUCUGUUCCUCGACUUCUCCCGUGACAAGCAGUCCCUCUUCGACGUCUUUCCCUCCAUGUCUCAGGACACGUACGAGGUCAUUGUGGAGUGCAUGAACCUGGACCCCACCAAGCGCUCGCUCGUUGGAGCUCGCCGGGCUCUCAACCGCGUCGUCAGCUUCACCACCUCUGACGAAGCUCUCGAUGACUUCUGCUCGGCCGAGCGCCGCACCAUCGCCUCUGCCCACCGCGAGCCUCUCCGCACGCCCUCGCUGCAGAGCCCCCAAGUUGAUACCGGCGCCUUCCCCUGGGCCAAGGCUCUGCAGACCAGCCCUCAGGCCGUUCGCCAGCUCAGCGCCAUCCCAGACGACGAGAGCUACACCGAGGAGCUGUUCCCCAAGUCGGAGCAGACGACCGACUGGUGCUCCGCCACUGGCCAGACUCCAUUGUCUUCCCUGGUGGACUCCAGCCUGGCCGGCUCGAUGCAGUCGCUGAACAUCGCCCGACCCAAGAUCCAGCGGUCUUUUGCCAAGGUCUCUCCGAUGGCUGGCUCCCUGCCCAUCACCAUGUCCAAGCCUCGAAACCAGUCGGCCAUGUCGCUCGUCUUCGGCCGCAAGGACACCGUGUCUAAGAGCUGGAGUGACAUGUGGGAUGAGGACGUGGAAGAGGAAGAGCGUACCAAGCAGCUGCAAGACUUCAAGGAGAUGAACUCGAGGACCUGGAGCCAAGACAGCAAGCUCGACGAGGACGACACACCUCGGCAGGGCUUGUCUCCUGCCCCCGAGGCCUCUGCCAUCAACAUCCCCAAGGUGGAGAAGCCGUUGAUCGAGCGGGCCAUCGCCAACAACAUCGAUGAUGAUCUGGUUGCCGAUGGCUUCUUCUUCCACGACGCUCCCGAGACCCCGCAGAAGCAGGAGCAGCCUCGCUACUCGCCGCCGUCGAAGCGAUCGGGUGUCGACAAGUGGGCAGAGCUUGGCCAAAAGCGACGGGCCUUUGCCGACUCGUCACCCAUGGCUCCCAAGACCCCAGAGGUGACUCUGAGGACUGGACGUGCUAUCGGGUCUUCGCUCACUUCGGGCUUCAAGUCGAUGGGCCAUGGGGUCUGGGAUCACCAUGCGUCGACACCUUCCCACCCCCCUCACAGCAACUACUCUUUCUUCGGCAGCUCGACUGCCAAUGUUCAUGGCAACAAUUACAGAUGGAACGCGAGCAAGGAUCGCGUCAAGGAAUGCCCCUGGAAUAAAGGGCGGGAGUUGAAUUGGCGUCGCGAGAAACGACUUGAUUUCUUGGGCGACGCUGAGUGGGUUGGUGGCUGGCAAGAGGCUCACUCGUGA